CCAGAUUGCCCCGCCUUUUCCCUCCGCGCGCGCGCGCGCAGUUUCACAGACCCGGAAGCAGAGAGCACGGCGUCGAAGUCUCGCUACCCAGCAUGUGGGCGAGGGGGAUCAGGAGAAGCAGAGCCAGAGCGACUCAGAGAGAAAUAGAAGACUGAGGAGGCGAAAAGGAGGAGGGCGACCCGAUGACAAAGUAGAGAAUUGGUAAGGAACUUGCAAAAAGACAGCAACGUGAAAGAGAAUAAGCCUUGAACCCACCCAGCAGGUGGGUAAAGCAGAGACGUUUAGAGAAAAACGGAAUCUCCAGAGAGAUGAAGAUUUUGGCAGUGACAGUUCUGCAGCUGGGGUCACUGGGAAUGGAAAUAGGAUGUCAGGUGUAGCAGUCCUCGUGUCGUCAGGAGUGCCAUCCAUCACGGACGCUGUGCGUGCUCUUCCGAGUAGGUGACUUGAGGGAGAGAAGUGUUUUCUCUUGGUGCACCUUGCCUGCCUCGGGUCUUCCAGCUUCCCCACUGCCCUUCUGUUCAGACACCCGCCUCCUGCUGUUCUUGGCCUGAGUUUGCCCAGUCCCAGCGAACCCCAUCCAGUCAGCAUUUGAGGCUAAUUGACCUCUGAAGACAUUGCCUGAGAAAGAAGCCGGAAGAGGAAGAAGAAAGGAAAGGAGCCAGAAAUGGCUGUCUCUCAGGGACAGUUGACCUUCGAGGACGUGGCCAUCGAGUUCUCCCAGGAGGAGUGGGAGUGCCUGGACGCUGCCCAGAGGGCCUUGUACAGGGAUGUGAUGCUGGAGACCUGCAGGAACCUGCUGUCCCUGGAUAUCUCUCCCUCACAUGUUACCAAGAAAUUACAACCAAAGGAGAACACUAAUACAACAGAUGUAUUCCAAACCGUGAUCUGGGGAAGACUCGGAAGUCAUGAAGUCAGAGAUGUGCACCUCAGGAGAAUCCGAGAAAAAAUGUAUGACUUUGAGUGUCGGUGGAGAGAUGAUGAGAGAAGUGAGAAAGGAAUGGGUAGAACCCAUGGGGAACAUCUCACUGACGGAAAAGAUCAACGUGGUAGAAAAGAUGCAGGAAACAAGCCCGUUGAAAAUAAGCUUGGAUCAAGCUUUCGAGAUAAACUUCCGAUCCCUCAAACCCAAGGGGAAAUUUUUGAAUGUAAUCAAACUGCGAACGCUGCCAACAGCGCCGGCUCAUUUUCACUGCCUGAAAGAACUCCUCCGAGUGUCCAAACUAGCGUUUCUAACACACGUGGGAACGACCCCAUCCAUCCUCCGGGACUGACACAGGACGGCGCAGCACAGAGCGAAAAACCUCACAAAUGUAACGAGUGUGGCAAAAGCUUUAAUCGCAGCUCGAACCUCACUAGACAUCAGAUGAUCCAUACGGGAGAGAAACCGUAUAAAUGUGACGUCUGUGGCAGGGUUUUCAGUCAAAAUUCAUACCUUGUAAAUCACCUGAGACUACACACUGGAGAGAAGCCUUACAAAUGUAACGAGUGUGGCAAAGCCUUCACGAUGCGUUCAAGCCUCACGAAACACCGGGUCACCCACACUGGAGAGAAAGCUUACCGAUGCAAUGAGUGCGGCAAGGCCUUUUUCCACAGCUGCAAACUCGUGAGACAUCAAAGAAUCCACAGUGGGGAGAAACCACACAAAUGUAACGAAUGCGGCAAAGCUUUCAUGCAAAGUUCGAGCCUGGCUGACCAUCAGAAAAGUCACACCGGAGAGAAACCCUACAAGUGUGAUGUGUGUGGCAAAGCCUUCGUUGUGCGUUCAAGCCUGAUCGACCAUCAGGUGAUGCACACCGGCGAGAGACCUUACCAGUGCAGCGAGUGUGACAAGGCUUUCCUCAAGCACUCGCAGCUGAGGCGUCAUGAGACAAUUCACACCGGAGAGAAGCCGUACAAAUGCACCGAAUGCGGCAAGGCCUUCAGGCAGUGGUCUGACAUCAGGAUUCACCAGCGAAUUCAUUCUGGAGAGAAACCUUUUAAAUGUAAAGAGUGUGGGAAAGCCUUUACUAUGGGUUCGCACCUUACUACACAUCAGAUCAUCCACACUGGAGAAAAACCAUAUAAAUGCGAUAUAUGUGACAAGGUCUUCAGUCAGAACUCACACCUGGCAAGUCAUCGGAGAAUUCACACUGGGGAAAAGCCGUACAAAUGUAAUGAGUGCGGCAAAGCCUUUAGUGUGCGUUCAAGCCUCACUUACCAUCAGGUAAUUCACACUGGAGAGAAAUCUUACAAAUGUAAGGAAUGUGGCAAGGCUUUUAUGAAGCCUUCGCGUCUUCGGCAUCAUGAGAGGAUUCACACCGAAGAGAAGUCAUACAAGUGCAUUGAGUGUGGCAAGACCUUUCAGCAAUGGUCUGACAUCAGGAUUCACCAGAGAAUUCAUCCUGGAGAGAAACCUUUCAACUCUAGCAUGGGUGGUAAAGCCUCCACUCAGGACUCACACCUCACGGCACAGCAGAGAAUCCCUCCGGGAAAGAAACCAUAUAAAUGUGACGUGUGCGACAAGGUCUUCAGUCGGAAUUCAAACCUGGCAAGUCAUCGGAGAUCUCAUACUGGAGAGAAACCGUACAAAUGCUAAUGUGGCAAAGUCUUCAGUCAGAACUCAUACUUUGUAAAUCACCAGAGAAUUCACAGCUGAGAGAAAGCUUACAAAUGUAAUGUGUGUGGCAAAGCCGUUAGUGUGAGUUCAACCCAAAGUAAACAUCAAGCAACCCACACUGGAGGGAGACCUUACAGAUGUGACGCACGUGGCAAGGCUUGUGGCAGGUGUUCACACCUGCUGCUUCACAAGAAAACUCAUGCUGGAGAGGACUCACAUCAGUCUAUGGAAUGUGGCGAAGUCUUUUAGACAGUAGUCCUACCUCAGGAUUCACCAAAGAGUUCAUUCUGGGGAGUAACCUUCCAGGCACCAUGAGUGUGGUGAUGCUCUUACUCGGGGCUCCCACCCCACCCACUAUCACAUAAUCCAUUCUAGACAGACCCUUACAAAUGUCCUGAGUGUGGCAGUUGCCUUAAACUCAGUGUUCACCAAAUUACACCCUACCUACAAAUGCAGUGAAUGUGACAGUUUCAAAUUAUUGCUUGCUUUUCACUAAAUAUAAGAAUCUAUAUUUUGUAACUACUGUAUAUAAAAUAGAUAAGCAAGUUUCUACUGUACAGCACAGGGGACUAUAUUUAGUAUCUUGUAGAAACUUAUAAUGAAAAAGAACAUGUAUGUAGGUAUAACUGAA